CUUGCAUUCGAAAGCCAAAGUUCAAUCCACCCCACCUCGAUACCUGCUCAGAAUGCUGUUCAAGUUCGCUGCCGUCGCCUUUAUCCUAGCGGGACAAUGCUUUGCUUCCGCUAUUCACAACGUUGAACAGCCGCAGUCACUCCUGGCCAAUGGCGACAUCGGCAUCCUCGGAUGCACUGACGCUGGUCGUGACAAUCCAAACUGUGUCUGGUGUGGAACCGCCCCUUGGUGUAGCAGUGGCUGUCCCGGAGGAACAGUUCAACGCGGGUGGGAUGCCUGCGGUGUCGGCAAAUGCUGUGUCGUUGGGAUGAAGCGGCUCUGCUGUCCUUCCUACAUGGCCAACGAGGAAGCCACUCCUCCCAAGGAGCCUGAGGCCGAAACCGUCGUGGAACACUAUGAGAUAACUAUUGAGAAGACUGUGGAGUCUCCAACGGAGUCCUCUAUCCAAGCAGAUAGCGAAAAUAAAUGUGUCGUGGCCGGAUUCGCUCCCUUCUGCCGGGGCGAGUGUCCGGAUGGUUACAAGAAAAAAGCUCAGGACAAGUGCCUGGGACCGGGACCCUGCUGUAUCACCGGGUCCAAAGCUCUGUGUUGCACUGAGUAGAUCGUCGACAGUUUGUUGAGGCCGAAUUUUUCAUGAAAUUGCGCACUGGUGAUAUGAGGUCAGAAUCAUUGCCUGAGAUAGGCUUACUCUCUUUAUUUUUGUUGCCGGGGAAAUAUCCCAUCAGGACGAGGUUUUCAAUAUACUUCAGCUACUCAUUAAUGCUGCGUUAUAUCUAGUCUAGGCUAUUCUCGAG